CUCCCCACAACACCUCCCUCAUCGAUCUGUUCAAGGGCUGCAACUUCAGCUGUUUCCCGUGUAUACUGAGUUCGGUCCCUCCAUAUUUACGACAAAACAUGGCUCACGCACAGAAACCUGCCGAAAAGCACGAUCUGCCCCUCGAUCCAAGAUACGACGACUAUGACUUCCCCCUCAUCGCUCCCACCCCUCAAAGUGGCCACGCUGGGUACACGACCGAGACCCAGGAGGCCCAAGUAAAUCAAUUGCGCAUGAUGCUGGAACAGGAAGGCUACACAAAGAACCUGGACACUCUAACUCUGCUCCGAUACCUGAGGGCAAGGAAAUUCGACGUCAACCUUGCAAAGAAAAUGUUCGUCGAAGCGGAAAAGUGGCGAAAAGAGUUUGGCGGCGGUGUAGAUGAGCUCACAAAGCACUUCGACUACCACGAGAAGGCAAAGGUUUUUGAAUAUUACCCACAAUACUACCACAAGACAGAUAAGGAUGGUCGUCCCCUCUAUAUCGAACAGCUCGGAAAAAUCGACCUCAACGCGCUGGGGAAAAUCACCACUGACGAAAGGAUGCUUCAAAACCUGGUGGUCGAAUACGAAAAGAUGGCCGACCCUCGUCUUCCCGCCUGCUGUCGAAAAGCGGGUUAUCUUCUUGAAACGAGCUGCACCAUCAUGGAUGCCAAAGGCGUCGGGCUGAGCUCCAUAUCAUCGGUGUACGCCUACCUACAACGCGCCUCCGCAAUAUCACAGAACUACUAUCCUGAGAGACUUGGCAAACUGUACAUCAUCAACGCUCCGUGGGGAUUCAGCACCGCCUUCAGUGUGGUAAAGUCAUUCCUGGACCCAGUUACGGUCGCCAAGAUCCACAUAUUGGGCAGUGGUUAUCUUCCGGAGCUACUGAAACAAGUGCCCAAGGAGAACUUACCGAAAAAGUUUGGUGGAUCCUGUGAAUGCGAGGGCGGAUGUGAGUUCAGUGAUCAGGGUCCUUGGCGGGAUCCUCAAUACGCGAAGCCUGCCAAAUGGGAGUUAGAGCUGGAGAAGGAGCGAAGCGCUAACAAGGAUGCUAUUGCGGCGGAUCAACCAAGUCUAAGUGUCAGCGAGGGUGUACCGCAAACCUAAGUGCAGUAUUGUGAUUUCCGCGGUCUUAGAGUGGUCUCACAGAGUCAAGACGGUUCAGAUUUCUGACUUCAGAGAAGCGUGACUUGAAUCGUGCGAAGAAUGCUACAUAGGAAUAGACAGAAUCCUGAAAUCACGAGAUGUAGACAUGCAGAGUAGGGUGAAGCGGCAUUAUCUAUUUCUGGCGAUUGACAUAUCACUAAAGCCGGAUCACGACUCAGAAAUGGCGAUGACAAGCCUUUCGAGCUGUGCGCUCUGGGCUGUAAAUGGCAGUUCAAAGCUCGCCACAGUGCUCAACGCCGUCAUGCUCCGUGAUACGGUGUGCUCAAGUCGUGCGAAUACAUACCCGUACUUGAUGAUGGACCUUGGAAAUCAAAAAGGUUGUCCACCUGAAACGGCGCCAUGGCAAAGUCAGGUAACCCAUGAGGAAACUCGCUGAUACCCAAGUCCAUGGGCAUGUCCAUGCCUGUGCUUGAGUACAUGGUGCC